AUGGUGGAGGAGCUCGAGAUACGCAGAAGAAAAGCAGGUACAGGAGGAGGAAGAGGAGGAGGAAGAAACAGAGCAGGAGGAGGAGGAAGACGGAAGGUGGAGGAGGAGGAAAAUAAAAUAGAAGAAGUGAAGCCGUGGUGGAGGAACUCGAGGUAUGCAGGAGAGAAGGAGCAGUUGAAGGAAAAGGAGGAGGAGAAAGAAGAAGAGGACGAGGAGGUGGAAGAGGAGAAGGUGGAGGAAGUGAAAGGGUGGAGGAGGGACUGGAGACAGGCGAGAGAGAAGGAGGAGGAAACUGAGGAGGAGGAGACAGAGAAGGAGGAAGAGGAGAAGGAUGAGGAGACAGACCAGGAGGAGGAGGAAGAGGUGGAAGAGGAGGAGGAGGCAAAUAAAAUAGAAGAAGUGAAGCCAUGGUGGAGGAGCUCGAGAUAUGCAGGAGAAAAAGAGGAAGAGGAGACAGAGAAAGAGGAGAAGGAGGAGGAAGAGACAGAGCAGGAUGAGGAGGAAGAGGAGGAGGAGGAUGGGGAAGAGGAGAAGGUGGAGGAGGUGAACGAUUGUAGGAGGAAUUGGAGAAAGGCAGGAGAGAAGGAUGAGGAGAUUGAGGAGCAGGGGCAGGAGGAGGAGACAGAGCAGGAGGAGGAGGAAGAUAAAGAGGUGGAGGAGGAAGAUCAACUAGAAGAAGUGGUGCCGUGGUGGAGGAGCUCGAGAUACCAAAGAGAGAAGGAGGAGGUGAAGGAAAAGGAGGAGGAGAAAGAAGAGGAGGAGGUGGAACUGGAGGAUGAGAAAGAAAGGGAGGAUGGGGAAGAGGAGGUGAAGGAGAGGGAGGAAAAUGAUGAAGAGGGAGCAACAGAGGAGAAGGGGAAGGGGGAGGAUCAAUUAGAGGAGAAGAUGAAUGAUUGGAGGAGGAGCUGGAGAUCCCCAGGAGAGGAGGAGGGAGAGGAGAAGGAGGAGGAAGAGGAGGAGGAAGAGGAAGAGGAGGAGGAGGAGACAGAGGAGGAGGAGAAGGAGGAAGAGGAGGAGACAGAGGAGGAGGAGAAGGAGGAGGAGACAGAGCAGGAAGGGGAGGACAAGGAAGAGGUGGAGGAGGAGGAACAUAAAGAAGAAGAGGUGGUGCCGUGGUGGAGGAGCUCGAGAUAUGCAAGAGAGAAGGAGAGGGUGAAGGAAAAGGAGAAGGAGAAAGAAGAGGAGGAUGAGAAAGAUGGGGAGGAGGAUGGGGAAGCGGGGAAGGUGGAGGAGGUGAAAGAUGAAGAGGAGACAGAGCAGGAUGAGGAAGAGAAAGAGUUGGAGGAGGCAAAGAUUGAAGAGGAGGAGAAGGAGGAGGAGGCUGAGGAGAAGACAGAGAAGGAUGGGGAGGAAGAGAGAGAGGUGGAGGAGGAGGAAAAUAAACUAGAAGAAGUGUUGCCGUCGUGGUGGAGCUCGAGGUACGCAGGAGUGAAGGAGGAGGUGAAGGAAAAGAAGGAGGAGAAAGAAGAGGAGGAGAUGAAAGAGUGGAGGAAGGACUGGAGACAGGCAGGAGAGAAGGUGGAGGAGGAGCACGAGGAGGAGGAGGAAGAGCAGGAUGAGGAGGAAGAGAAAGAGGUGGAGGAGGAAGAGAUUGAAGAGGAGGGGAAGAAGGAGGAGCAAAAUGAUGAAGAGGGAGCAACAGAGGAGGUGGGAAAGGGGGAGGAUCAAUUAGAGGAGAAGAUGAAGGAUUGGAGGAGGAGCUGGAUAUCCCCAGGAGAGGAGGAGGGAGAGGUGAGAGAAAAGGAGGAGGAGGAGGAGGAGGAGGAGGAGGAGGAUGAAGAGACAGAGCAGGUUGAGGAGGAAGAGGAAGAGGUGAAGGAGGAGGAAGAGGUGGAGGAGGAGGAAAAUAAAAUAGAUAAGGUACAGGUGCAGGAAGAGGAGGUGAAGGUUGAGCUGGAGGAGGUGAAGGAGGAGGAUGAGACAGAUGGGGAUGAGGUUAAUGAGGAGGUGACGGAGGGUGAGAUGAAGCAGUGGUGGAGGAGCUGGAGAUUCGCAGGAAUGGUGAAGGAGGUGAAGGUUGAAAAGGAGAACGCAGAGGAGGUGAAUGAGUGGAGAAAGAGCUGGAGAAACACUGUAGAGGAGGAGGAGGAAGAGGAGGAGGAGGAGGAGAAGGAGGAGGGAGAGGUGAAGGAGAAGCUAGAAGAGGAAAAGGUUGAGCAGGAGGAGGGGAGGGUAGAGGAUGCUGAUGAGGAGACAGACGAGGAAGAGGUGAAGGAAAAGCAAGAUGAGGGAGAGGUGAAGGAGCAGGUGAAGGGGGAGGAGAUGGUGAAGGAAGAGGAAGAUGAAGAGGAGGAGGACCCAGAUGAGGAGGAAGAGGUAAAGGAGGAGGAGGUGAAGGUUACGGUAGAGGAGGUAGAUGAGGUUAGGGCGGAGCAGGAGAAGGAUAAUGAUGAAGAGGAGGAGACAGAUGAGGAGGAAGAGGUGAAGGAGGAGGAGGUUAAGGUAGAGGAGGUCGAUGAGGUUAAUGUGGAGCAGGAGGAGGAGGACUAUAAAGAGGUGGAAGAGGUGAAGGAUGAGCAAGAGGAGGUAGAGGAGGAGGGUGAUGAAGAGGAGGAGACAGAUGAGGAGGAAGAGGUGAAGGAGAAGGUAGAGGAGGAAGAGGGAGGUGAGGUGAAGGUGGAGCAGGAGUAUAAUGAAGAGGCCGAGACAGAUGAGGAGGAAGAGGUGAAGGAGAAGGUAGAUGAGGUCAAGGUGGAUCAGGAUGAGGAGAAAAUGAAGGAGGAGGAGAUGGAGAAGGAGGAGGACAAUGAAGAGGAGGAGACGGAUAAGGAGGGAGAGGUGAAGGAGAAGGUAGAGGAGGAGGAGGGAGGUGAGGUGAAGGUGGAGCAGGAGUAUAAUGAAGAGGCCGAGACAGAUGAGGAGGAAGAGGUGAAGGUUGAGCAGGAGGAGGAGGAUGAAGAGGAGGAGACAGAUGAGGAGGAAGAGGUGAAGGAGGAGGUAGAGGAGGAGGAGGUGAAGGAGAAGGAGAAAUAUGAGUUGGUGAUGCAGUGGUGGAGGAGAUGGACAUGCACACCAAAGGUAGAGGAGGUGAAGGAGAAGGAGGAGGAGAAGGAGGAGGAGGAGGAGGAGGAGGAGGAGGAGGAGGAGGAGGAGGAGGAGGAUGAAGAGGAGGAGACAGAUGAGGAGGAAGAGGAGAAGGAGAAGUUAGAGAAGAUGAAUGGGUCGGAGGAGUUGAAGGAGGGAGAUAAAGCAGAGGAAGGGGAGGUAGAUGAGAUAAAGGACGGGACGAGGAGAUCGAGAAACUCAGGAGGGAUGCAGGAGGUGGAGGUAGAGGAGGAAGAAGUGUUUGAGGAUGCGAUGGAAGAGUUUGAGGAUGCGAAAGAAGGGCAUGGCAUAGAUGCUGAGAAAGACGAGGAAGUAGAGGAGACAAAACAGUGGGAAAACUCUUAAUGUGAUUGUCCUCAUAUGUAUAAUCUAUAAAUUCCUAUUUAAUUGUAUCAUUCACUUUUAUAUAACAUGAAAGUAUAUUGUAUUUUUGUGUUCCCGUAUACAGUAGUAUGUUCCCGUAUGAGAUUUGUAUUAUUUAUAUUAAUUAUUUUAUGAUAUGUGUUAUAAUGAUGUUUCCCAGUUAAAUUGUUUUUUUUAAGUUACUUAUUGAUAUAUUAAUGAUAAUGUUGAAUAAUGCGAAGUAUAAUUAUUGUUGGAUUCCCUUCGGACAAAAACUUUAAAAACUAGAAAGAAUUAUUCAAGGGUUAAUUCUUCAAGUCUAGAGUGUUAAGAAAUUACUUUCAGUCGAUAAAAACUGUCUUAAUUAAAACUUUUUAUUGAAA